AUGUCCGGCUCGAGAUGUGAAGCUGCGAGUCAAGACGGUCCAGGCAGUCCCAGCAGCAACGUCGCUUUUGCCCCGCACCAUCCUCCGGCAUUCUACGCGCCAGCCCAGCUGAGCAUUAGCGACUCUUCCCCUUCAAAUCCUCGCAAGCACGCACAUCGAUCGAAUUCUUCCUCAAUCGACAGCACAUCUACUCGACGCGAUGCUGCUCAGGCCGCUUCAAGCCAGUCAGGGUUCCAAGCUGGAAAUGUGGAUGGGAAGGAUACGAGCAAAAUCGAGAUUGCCAGUGGCAAUGAGGAGGAGGAGGAGGGAGAAGCGGAGCAGCACAAAGGUCUUGCGGCUGCUCCAAGCGCAGCUUUGACACAGACACGAAGCGAACCAGCUGCGAUCUACGUGGAGUGGGCAGAUGGAGAUCCCGAAAAUCCCUACAAUUGGUCUUUCCGUGAGCUCUCUCUACAUUCUGUCACAAACCCGCAGGCGAAGGGCACCAUCUUCUCAUUGCCUGCCUCUCGUUUCUAGUAGCAACUUGCUGACCCUUACGCCUGGCACCUUUUCGCGGGACGCGAUCUUGCUCAGGUCGAAGAGUGAUGAUCAUCUGCAUCUGCAUAGGUUUCAGCGCCAUUACAGCCGUCAACGCCACAGCGUACGGCACGACCCAAUCAGGCGCCCUCGUCGACCUCAACACGACGACGGAGGUGUACUUGCUGGGUAAUACGGCAUACCUUUCCAUAGGGAUCGCCUUUACGCCUUUGCUGCUCGCACCGCUCUCGGAGAUAUAUGGUCGCACACCGAUCUACAUGGUCGCCGUCUUUCUCAAUGCGUGAGCAAACGGAGAGAGCUGGUGUCCAUCUGUCAAUAGACCCACUGACUCGCUUUUCUCCUCCUCCCCCCCGGCCUUUCGCUCGUGCCGCACCCUCAUCAGGGUGAUGUUCAUCCCCCAAGCUCUCGCUCCGAACGUGUACGCUAUCAUUUUCAGCCGAUUUGUGCAGGGCAUGGCAGCCAGUGUGGGCAAUAGCAUGGGUGAGUUUCGCCUGAGCACGCUGCGCUCCGCUAAUAGAGCUGGCAACAUCUGCUGACACGCGUCGCGGGCGCCGGCUUACCAUAAUAGUCGGAGGAAGUGUUUCAGACGUCUUUCCAGCUUCAAGCCGUGGUAUACCCAUGGCCAUCUUUGCCCUGGGUAUUUUUGUGAGUGGUGUGCAGCUUCGACGUCGCAAGCUUGCGCAGCAUGCUCACAACAAAAGCGGCUUUGGGCCUUGCGCAGGUUGGGCAAGGCAUAGGCCCAGUGGCGGGAGCGUACACAUCGGAGCACGUGGGAUGGCGAAUCACAUUCUGGUGGCUUUGCGCCAUGGCAUUCUUCUCCUUUGCACUCUAUGCCAUUGGUCUCCGAGAAACAAGAGGUCCAGUACUGCUCAGUCGCAAGGCCAAAAGGCUUACGAGGGAGACGGGCAAAUUGCACAGGUGCAGAGCGGAUGACGAGAGGUCCAGCUUUUGGACGGCUGUAAAGAUUAGCCUGUGUAGACCUGCCGUCUGGCUCGUCACCGAGCCCAUUGUCUUGUUCUUCAGCACGUGGAUAGGUGCGUCGGCAGUGUCGGAUGAAGCCGUGGCGACCGAAUUCCUGACUCUCGCAUCUCUCUUCACCCUAGGCUUCUUGUGGGGUACUCUCUUUCUAUUGCUCCAAGGUACUCCCACCGUCUUCGAAGCGUACGGCUGGUCUGAAGCAGCUCGAUCUUCCGUCCUUUCGGUGCUGGGACUGGGGGGCAUCGUAGGUUUCUUUGCACAUAUGCAUCAGGAAAAGCUUUACAAUCGAGAAGCUGCCAAAGCUGCGCCCGACAAACCUAGACCCGAAGCCAGGCUCUAUUGGAGCUGCGUCGGAGCCGUGCUUGCUCCUGCUGCUAUGUUUGGGUUCGCUUGGACGGGUGUGAGUGGGCUUGGAUUGUUGAGUGUGCUGCCAUGGUGCUGAUGGCUGAGAAGCUCAUCUGCUCUGCAUCUUCAGCAAGCUUCGGUCCACCCGGCAGUACCCAUCGUGAUGCUCGGCAUCUUUGCCUCGGCCAUUUUCCCCAUCUACUUGGCAGGUGCGCGUUGUCGAGCGAGCACGUCUUCAACGAUGCAUGAAAAUCCAGCUGAUUGCCCCGUUCCACCUUUCGCCCAACGUCGCAGUGUUCUUGUACUUUGCCGACGUCUUUGAAGCUUACGCAUCUUCUGGCCUCGCAGGUGAGCGACCUUUCCCCCCUCCGAGAAGUUCGUGCCUUGGCGCUAGCUUUCCACUAACAUCUGCCCGCAAUUUCUCGCAGCCCAAUCUUGGUUGCGAAACGUCUUUGCUGGUAGUUUUCCGCUCUUUGCUCCAGCCAUGUACGGCAAUCUGAGGCCGCCCGUCGCCUCGUCGAUUUUGGGCGCCAUUGCAGCGAUUCUGGGUCUGUGUCCCUUUUUCCUCCUCUUCUUUGGAGAGAGGGUGAGAGGCAUGUCCAAAGUUGCGCGACAGAUUGCGAAAGAAGAAGAGGACAGGCAAGAGAGCAUGGAGCAGCAGAGGGAAAAGAUGAGGAGAUGGCAGGAGAGACAAAAGGAAAAAGAAAGGAGAAAAAUGCAGAAGGAGACAUCCGCUGGUCAGAGGCCGAUUGUGCAAGACGCGACUCCUCACACUGUCUCCGAGACCAGCACGGCUCAUGAUGUUGAGCGCGAUGCCGAAGUCAAGCCUUCGUCUUGUCCUCACAAGGAAGUGCAACACUCUUCGAAGGCUUGA